CAGCACUGCUCGCAACAGCUGAAAACAAGUGGGGAGCUGCCUUGUAGUCUCUCUCGCUCAGUGUAAUUGCGUGCAUUGGAGCUGAAUGCUUCAUAAAACGCCAACUCCAACUACCCCCAAUAGCCCCCCGCACUCGCCCUCGAUUCGUGGUGUUGACAUCGAGUGACCGCCGUUGAAAGAGCAACGUACGGGACUUUAACAAAGGCAACCACUUUAGUCGUUUAGUGACUUUCGCCUGAGACGCAGGAAUCGCUCUCGCUUCAAUUCGAUAUUUGCAACAUAACAAAGCUGCUGCCCAUCCCUCCCACACACAUAACGGAAACUAUGUGGAACCUGGCAGCGAGACAAUAAAGAGUCCGCCUUGUUCAUUGUCUCAAUACAUUCAUAUUCAUUUUUGUAUAUCUGCACCGACUUGGAGAAACCUUACACACGCACGUAGGCUCUGACAACGAGAGAGAGAGCCACCAAAAUGACUGAGAGCAUGGAGCUGGUGAACAAAUAUGGAGAACCGUUGCGUUAUGACCGCAAUUUUCAGGGUCCCCGACAACGUAAUCGCAGCUGCACAGAUGUACCCUGUCUGAUAGUCUUCCUGCUGUUCCUGGCCGGUUGGGGGUUCAUUGCCCACUAUGCCAUACAGCAUGGAGAUCUCAACCAACUGAUGGUGCCAACAGAUAUGUUUAAUCAAAAGUGUGGCAUGGAUUCUGGUGUGCUAAACAAAAAGUAUUUAUUCUUCUUCAACCUGGACAAAUGCAUCGACCCGUUGGUGCCCCUUACAGGCUGCGAUACGCCACAGGUAUGCGUGGAGAGUUGUCCCACACAGAAUUUCGUUUGGGAUAGCAUGAAGAACAUGAACUUUGAUGAACUGAAGAAGCGUCUUAUCUGCAAAACGGAUGCUGAUAAGGCAACGAUUUACUCCAAGGCGGAUAUUGAGCGUGCCAUAUCCGAGAAUCGUUGUGCCCGCUUUUAUAUCCAGAGUCAACCGUUCUUCAACCGUUGCAUGUUUGAGUUCUCCGAUGAUCUGUGUAAAUUUAUACCCAAGAUACUCUAUCGCAAUCGCCGAGACUCCACACUGAUGCUGCAUGGCAACGUAUCUCAAUCCCAAGAGCUGCAGUUGGAGGCAAUGGCAUUGAUGAUGCAAUCCGAGGCACAAGCUCGUGUGGCGCCUCAAGUUAGCACAAAGCAGGAGACAGACGAUGAACAAGUUGGACAGUGUCGACGUCACCAGUUAAACAGUGCAGUGAUUAAGGAGAAAAUGAUGCAGACGGACACACAACUUGCCAAGAUGGUGGGCAACCUAGUGACACGUUUCUUCAAUGGCACACACGAUGCCCAGCGUUUGGGCGAGGAGAUAGUUGAGGAUCUAAUCAACUCGGCAACGGUUGUGCUAUUUGCGCUCUCGUUCACGCUGAUUGCUUCACUCUUCUUCAUUUCCCUGAUGCGUUGGCUGGCUGCGCCCAUACUCUGGUUCUCCAUAUUCGGCGUCCUCACUGGCCUUUUGGUGGCCAUCUACUACACAUUUAAGAGCUACACGUUUUGGAAGAAUACACCAACGGUGCCCUUGCAUGGCUGGAAUGUGGAAGAGCAACUUCAAAAUAUUCUGCGGGAUUCCAAUAACUGGCUCUAUCUAUCCAUAUUUUUGUGUGUCUGCUUUGUGAUCAUAUUCCUGCUGGUAAUUGUGCUGCGCAAACGCAUCAGGAUUGCCAUUGCGUUGACAAAGGAGGGCAGCAAAGCCGUUAGCACCGUCAUCAGCACCGUAUUCUUUCCGAUCUUCUCCUGGGUGCUCUUCAUUGGCGCCAUUGCCUUUGCCAUUGGUGUUGGCCUUUAUCUUGGCUCCAUUGGGAAGCCAUCCUUCCGUAUGGUGCGCCGCCUGACCGCGUCUGGCGAGGUGACCAACGAACCGUGCAUUUGCAAUGGACCAGCGAUUAACUACACCGUGGGCAAUGCUUGUGAUCCACAGAUCUUCCAGCAGUAUUGUCACAUCAAUCAAAGGCUUGAUAAUUGCAUUCAGACCACAUGCAGCUUUGUUGAGAUUCAAAAUCCCACGUUGGUGCGCUGGGCAAUCGUAUAUAAUAUAUUUGGAUUCCUCUGGCUGAGUUUCUUCAUAUCCGCAUUCAGUGAUAUGGUGCUGGCAGCAACCUUUGCCAGAUGGUACUGGACAUUCAAGAAGCGGGACGUUCCCUAUUUUACACUGACUCAUGCCUUUUGUCAAACUGCGCUUUAUCAUCUGGGCACGUUGGCCUUUGGGUCAUUGAUCCUGGCCAUAUGCAGGAUGAUCCGUUUGGUGCUGGAGUACAUUGAUGCCAAAUUGAAGAAGUACGAUAAUACGGUGACACGUGCCAUCCUUUGCUGCAUGCGUUGCUUCUUCUGGUUGUUGGAAACCUUCCUCAGAUUCCUCAAUCGCAAUGCGUACAUUAUGUGCGCCAUUCACGGCAAGAAUUUCUGUUCAAGUGCCAAGGAUGCGUUUAAUCUCUUGAUGCGAAAUUGCCUACGCGUUGUCACACUGGACAAGGUUACCGACUUUUUAUUCUUUCUGUCCAAGCUGCUACUUACCGCUGGAGCAGGCGUGUCCACCUACUAUUUUCUGGUCAACAAUCCGGCUGUUGUACACUUAAACUACAAUGCCGUCCCCACAACUGUGGUGGUUAUUGGUGCCUUUCUUAUAACCAGCGUCUUUUUCGGCGUCUACUCGAUGGCCGUGGACACGCUCUUCCUUUGCUUCCUUGAGGACUGCGAACGCAACGAUGGAACACCCGAAAAACCUUACUUUAUGUCCAAGCAGCUUAUGAAGAUUUUGGGCAAACGGAAUAAAUUUCCACAACGCCAGCGACGUAGCAAAUAAAUAGAAGGCACUAGGAUUAAGACGCACCACCAAAGGCAAUAUGCAAUAUUAACCGAUGUAAAUGACAGUGCAAAAUGUUCAGAAGCGAAGGAAAUGAGGUUGCUUGGCCGACAUAUAUAAGACAUUUCUAGAUAUAGUAAGCAUAUAUUUAUUGUAUGUAAGUUAACCGACAGGUUGUGCGCGAAUAUUGCUCAUGAUAAAUUUGAUUAGAUGGAUUAGGUGGCGACAUUUGAUUUGGAUGCGCUGCAAUUAGUUUGUACAUGUCAUGUAAAUGUAACCAAUCUUAUGUUCCACUUUUGCCAACAUUUAUUCAAACGAACAAUAUCUUUUUCGCAAAUACGAAAUUAUUAAUACAAACAUAGUAUAUAUAUUUACAAAAGAUCACUCAUGAAACAUACGAGUAUUUACAAAUUGAAAUUUUAUGUGGCUCAGCGCGAUCAUUAAAAUGGGUGCUCAAUAAAUUAUGUGAUAGGCACCGAGGCAUAAAUAUGAAUUUAU